AGUAUGUCCGGACGCGGCAAGCAGGGCGGCAAGGCUCGCGCCAAGGCCAAGACCCGCUCCUCCCGGGCCGGCCUGCAGUUCCCCGUGGGCCGCGUGCACAGGCUGCUCCGCAAGGGCAACUACUCGGAGCGGGUGGGCGCCGGCGCCCCGGUGUACCUGGCGGCCGUGCUGGAGUACCUGACGGCCGAGAUCCUGGAGCUGGCGGGCAACGCGGCCCGCGACAACAAGAAGACGCGCAUCAUCCCGCGCCACCUGCAGCUGGCCAUCCGCAACGACGAGGAGCUCAACAAGCUGCUGGGCCGCGUCACCAUCGCGCAGGGCGGCGUCCUGCCCAACAUCCAGGCCGUGCUGCUGCCCAAGAAGACCGAGAGCAGCCACCACAAGGCCAAAGGAAAGUAAUUUCCCUAUUUGGAUGACAAAAACUUAAGGCUCUUUUCAGAGCCACUUAAGGUUUCCUAACAAGGGCUUAGCAUUUACCUGUUGACAAAGGCAUAGCACUACACGUCUCCUUUUUAGCAAACCACGCUCAAUUCCAGUUUUUCACUAGUAACUAUUUGGUUUGUGGGUUUCAGAUAACAAAUCAUGGUACUAAACAGAAUAGAAUUAAAAUGAAAGCAUGCGGCUGUCUCUAGUUCGUAGAUCAGUGCACAAAAGAAGUGUACAGGGCAAGACAUUGGUUGCUUUUCAGCAGUCAAGACUGUAGCCUACGACUAGGGACUCACUAUUAAUUCACUAAGUGAUCGUAGGGUUAGGCCUUUGGUUUCUUAGAGGAGAGCUUGUAUAGUUAUGUCCAUCUCAGCAAGUAGAGCCACUUUCUUCCCCUAGUGGCCUGUAAAGCCACCCCCUA